AUGCAUUUUCCCACUGUUCUCGCCAGCAUCGCUGCCUUCUCCUCAGCCGCCAUUGCAGCCCCUCCAAAGGAAAAGCCUUACGUCGGUGUCGCAAUCAUGACAGUCAACGCACCCAUCAGCGGCGAACACAGCACUCUUCCUCAAAACGUCCCACUUGGCGUCCUCACUCAUCAGGACGGUGUCCAAAUCACCGAGCUCGAGAUCGUCAACGCUUUCUCAACUGUCAAGGGGGUCAAGGCCCCUAAGAAUGACCAGAUUGUUUGUCAAAUGUACAAGGACCAGUACGGGACUCUUCCUGGCAGCGCCGAGUUUACGGUUGAAAAUCCCGCCGUGAUCAGCACAAACUCUGUUGCUCUUGGUUGGAUUCUUUGCCGUGUUAAGGCUUCUUCUUAG